GGGAGGCAAAAUUGAGACAUCAGGAACAGUCCGGAACCUGCCCCACUGGUCCCAUGUCGGAUGUCACCGAAAAUUACCCCGUGACUGCCCACCCAAUCCUCCACAAAUGAUGGACUCAGAAAGUUUAACUUUUCAAUGCACCAUGGAUUCUGACAUUAGACGAGUGGCAUCAUUGGAGAAGGAUGUUUUAUUCCUACAAAAACAACACAGAGAAACACUGAGGAAACUACAUGAGGAAAUCGAAGAAUUAAAACGUGAAAAUAAAGAACUGCACUAUCAAUCGAUAAUGGAGCCACAACAAUCUGAAGUAUCUCCAAGAUGCAGAUCUCAAACACAACAGCCCAGCUACACAGAGCAGACCAGCCAUCCUCUGCAUGAUCUGCCAUCUCCAUCAGCAAAUCUAAGAGUGGAUACAGCAAGCACAUCUCAUCUUUUAAGAUCAGAUUUAAAUGCAAAAUCAAAAAGGGGGUUGAUCACAUCCUUGCUUCCCCUGCGGAUUGAUGGUGGUCCAUUUCACUCCCCCUAUGCCCCCACCCUGCAGGAGUGUGAGGUCAUCAUCAGACAGCUCUGUAAAAACAACAACUUGCAGUCCCAGGAGCUGCUACGUGUGAAGGCCAUCCUCAAAGACAUAAUAGUCAACAACAAGAAAAUGUCCCAAGAGGCUUACACACUGACCAAGGCCUACCCCUCUGAUGCAGACAGAGACAAAGACAUUGGAAUGUUUCCAAAACUACCUCUCAAGUCACUGCCAAAAAAACUGCCCCCAGCCUCAAUUGGCAUGAGAGAAAGAGUAAUCUUGCCAGCCAUCAAACAGAGCCUAAACUCCAGAAUAGCAGAGAGGCAGAAGAAGGCACAAGUUGUGCUGAGAUCCCGUCUGAGAAGAGUGGUGCAGUAGGACACAGCAUUAUCAUCACAAAAUUUGCAUCCCUCAGUUUUGAACUGAGUGUGUUGUCUGUGAAUAAAGUAAAGGUGUAAAGUCUGUGAAUGAUACACUCUUGAGUUCCAUCUCACUAACUGUUUAAAAAAAUAUAAAAAAUCACCUUUAUUUA